CAACCAACCAACCCUCGUCGGAAGAACAACGAAAAAUGGCCUAGGAGGCACUAUAAAUAGUUCAACUCCGGGUGCAAGUGGGUUCAGUCAGCAACGGAACGCUGCAUAUAGCAAACAGGAAUCGGUGGACGGACAGGGCUCGGAAGGGUGGCCGGUGACCUCCUGAAAAGGUGUAUCAUCAGCACGAAAAAACGAAAGUUUUCGCAGAUCGCAGUAGGCUUGUGGUGACAGAGAGCGACCUAGGAGAGAGCUCUGGUUACUUGGAUCGAGACGACUUGGAAGAAAGUGAUAGUGUGAAAACAAAGAAGGGUUGCCUUCAAGUGAAAAGAAUUUACAAGGUUAACAGCUUCCGGAAGUGACCUAACAGUGAGCCGACGCCGACAUGAGUCAGUUGCUAGUGAUAAGUGUGAUAGCGUUAGCGGUUAUAAUUAAUGCAGUAAGCGGUGCGCUGCCUAGCACGAUAAAAGUAUGUUCCCGAAACGAUCCCAAGAUCGACCAGUGCAUCAUGGAUGCGUUGGACCACAUCCGACCGAACCUGGCCACGGGUGAUUUUGGCAAGGGGUUCGACAUUCCCAAGGUUGAGCCGUUGUUCAUCGAGCAGAUCAAAAUGCAACGGGGACCGGACUUCCAGGCCGUGUUCAGCAAACUGGACGUGUACGGGUGCAGCAAGUUCAAGUUCGAGCGGUUACAAUCCAAACCGAUGAACCUAUCGUUCGACCUCGCUGUGACUAUUCCUAAGCUAAAUUUCACCGGAAAAUACUCACUCAAGAUGAAAAUGUUGCUACUAAAUCUGCAAGGAAAGGGUGAUUUGAAGGGAUCGCUGACUAACACCCGGCUGGCGGUACGCAUUCGGGGCUACACGGAGAAAAUCGACGACAAGGAGUACGUGCGGUUUCAUCGGUUGGGAAUCCGUCUCAAGAUAGAAAGCGGUAACUUCCACUUGGACAAUCUGUUCAACGGGGACCCGGUGCUCGGGCAGGUCGGCAAUCAGGUGAUCAACGAAAACUCGCGAAUCUUCCUGGACGAGAUCAUUCCUGGGCUGGAGAAAAAUUUGGGUAGGCUAUUCACGGAGAUUGUAAAUAACCUGCUGAAGACUGCCACGAUUGACGAUAUGUUUCCCGAGAAGGUUUAGCAGCGAUGGGGAGGAGUGGGGUACGGGGAGAUAUCCCAUAAAAACGGUGUGGGAGUGUCUUGCACUGGCGGGAAUGAUUGUGAUCUAUAUUGUAGUCAUUUAUGUACAAAUAAAGAAGUGAGCCUUUUUCAGUCUGUAUUAGAGUACGAAGAAUUUACGU